GAGAAUAAUCAAAUGUGAAUUAAAACAGCUUCGUGUUUGGUAAAUAAUAUUUUUUUUCAAAUGCUGUCAGUACAUAAAACAACUUCAGAGCGUGUUUUGAUCCACAUCAACUUCUAAAAGCAGCCUCUGGGCUACUUCUAAAAUUUGCUGGGCCAGUGACGUAUAACUUUCAAUUAAAGUUGUUUUUCAUUUAUUUACCAAACACAAUAAAAUCUAAAAUUUUAAACAAAAACUGAUUUUUUUUAAAGCGAAACAAUCUCAAACGGAAUCUUAAACAAUCAAAAUUGCUAUCAUCAUUUUGAUAUUGGUAUUUUAUUCUGAACUAAGAGUUUGAGUUGCAUAAAAGGUCGGAUGACGUCUAAAGCUCGAAUAUGUUAUCGUCCUACAUGAAAAAGAAAUCUUAAUAAAUACAUGUGUAUGACAACUGUAUUAUAGCAGGUAAAGUAACAUAAUCAUUUACGAAACUUUUAUUAAAUAAUGUGGUCGUUUCUAGGUGCUACAUCAAAAUGUCGUUUGUUUAAUAUACUAGGGUGACUUACUUUCUAAAUAAGUAGUGUAGUAGAUAUCCACGCAGACAGCAUGACUAAAAUCGUAAAGUCCCCCAUCACCCAUGCGCGCAUAGUGGACUAUCCAUAGUCUCUUAUCUUAUAACUUCUUCUAAGAGGAGAGAAUCGUUCUCUAAUCAACUAAUUCAGCAGGUUAAGUAUAUAAAGUGGAGAAUAAAUAUCUUUAAACAAGGAAUUAGCGAAUGACUAGGAUACCAAGUAUUUUUGUUUUCUCUAGUUAUUUAAAUGGAUAAAUACUUUUUCAGAGGAAAAUUGGGCUUGUAUCCCUAUAGUUGUAAUUUGUACUGGACUUUGUUCUAGCCCACGACGCAGUUUUAUUUGUCGGUUGACGGAGUAUUUUGGCUGCUCUGUUAUUGAAAUACCAUAGAAGGCAGAAAAUCAUGGUAUGGAAUGGAAAUUAAUUUCAAUUUCCAUUUAAUAGUGUCGUUUGGUUGUAAUUAGAUAUUGAAAAUGAAAUAAAAAAAUAAGAUAUAACUGGAAAUUAAUUCUCUCAUAAAGCAUGAAUAUAAUUACCUAGUCACUAGUGGUAUUCUCAUUCCAUUUCCCACUGUUAAAAGGCACUACAAUAGGAAUAGAAAGUAAAUCAUUUCCUAUUUUGACAUUCCUGCCAACCCCAACGGGUCUAUGAGCUUUAAAACUGGGAAAAUAGCAGAGCAGACCAAAUUAUCAGCUGGGAUAUUUGGGCUCUUGGAUUGUACUAUAGUCUUAAAGAUGGAAGCAGAGAGUCAAAUGAGGGAGAUAAAAUAUGCUGCUGAUAUUUCGUCUAUAAAGGAAUCACAGGCACGCAUCAAGCCGUUCAUACACGAAACUCCAGUCCUGUCCUCUGAAACUUUGAAUCUUCUUUCAGGAAGACAGCUGUUUUUCAAAUGUGAAUGUUUCCAAAAGGGUGGCGCUUUCAAAUUCAGAGGCGCUUGCAAUGCCGUGUUUUCACUUGAUGAUGAUCAGGCUGCUAAAGGGGUUGUAACACAUAGCAGUGGUAACCAUGCUGCAGCAUUGUCUUUGGCUGCAAAACUACGGGGUAUUCCUGCAUAUAUAGUUAUACCGAAAAAUGCUCCAAAAUGCAAAGUUGAGAAUGUCAUGCGUUACGGUGGCCAGGUUAUCUGGAGUGAGCCAACAAUGCAGUCGAGGGAAAGUACUGCAGCCAAGGUACUGCAAGAAACUGGCGCAGUUCUUCUACAUCCCUACAAUGACAGGCGCAUAAUAAGUGGCCAGGGUACCAUAUCAUUGGAGUUACUGGAGCAACAAGUUCCACAUUUAGAUGCUAUUGUAGUUCCCAUAAGUGGAGGUGGCUUGAUAUCAGGUGUGGCUUUAGCUGCUAAGUCCAUCAAUCCUGCCAUUCGAGUUUUUGCUGCUGAACCCGAGGGAGCUAAUGAUGCAGCUCAAUCCAAAGAAGCUGGAAGGAUAAUAACAUUGUCUGAGACCAACACUGUAGCAGAUGGACUUCGAGCUUUUCUGGGAGAUCUGACCUGGCCAAUAGUAAGAGAUCUUGUCGAUGGCAUUAUAACUGUAGAGGACAAGGAGAUAAUAAAUGCAAUGAAACUCUGUUACGAGAUUCUGAAGGUUGCAGUAGAACCUAGUGGAGCAAUAGGCCUCGCAGCUGUUUUAUCUGAUAGUUUCAAGAACAAUCCUGCAUGGAAGGAUUGCACCAAUAUAGGAAUCAUUCUUUCUGGAGGUAAUGUUGAUCUAGGCAUCAUAUGGGAUUCAUACACAAAAUAACUUUUCUUGUUUUCGAAUUCUCUUUCCAUCAAUACCGAUACUUUCUCCUAGCAUGUCAUAAUGAAAACCUUUAGGUACGUCACUAGCUGUUCUCUUUUCUGCUGUUAUUUCUUCUCAUUAUUUGUUUAGACCUGGAAAAAGAAAAUCUCAGAAAUUAAGGCUACCUUUUGGGAGUCUUGGUAUAUGUUUGAAUAUACUCUCUGCCUUAUAAAAUUAAGGAUUACCUGCCUUCACAGUUUGAUAAAAAAAACCUUUAUAUAACACAUGUUUUGCUAGAGGCUUCAA